AUGUCAAAAGUUGAUGUAAAAAUUGGAGCGGACUCAAUCUCCUCGUCUGAUGAGAUCUUAGUACCUUCGAGACUCGCUGAUGUUACGCUAGCGUUUAUGGAGGAGAAUGAUGCAGCAGUUCCAGAAAUCACGCCUGAACAAGAAAAAAAACUAAAGAGAAAGCUUUUUCUCACAAUAUUCACGUUUGUAUCUGCUAUUAACCUUUUACUUUACAUGGAUAAAGCUACUUUGUCCUACGAUUCGAUUCUGGGUUUCUUCGAAGAUACAGGUCUUACCCAAAACACUUACAAUACUGUCAAUACACUCUUUUACGUUGGUUUUGCGAUUGGCCAAUUUCCUGGGCAAUAUUUGGCUCAAAAAUUACCGCUUGGGAAAUUUUUGGGUGGGUUGUUGGCCACAUGGACUAUACUUAUUUUCCUAAGUUGUACCGCUUACAACUUUUCCGGCGUCGUUGCAUUGAGGUUUUUCUUGGGGCUAACAGAGAGUGUUGUUAUCCCAAUACUAAUUACCACUAUGGGCAUGUUCUUCGAUGCUUCAGAAAGGGCUGCAGCUCAGCCAUUUUUCUUCGCAGCAUGCAUGGGGUCUCCAAUUCCAACCGGGUUUAUUGCCUAUGGUGUUCUUCACAUAACAAAUCCCAGCAUUUCGUUAUGGAAAAUAUUCACUAUCAUUAUCGGCGGACUGACUUUUAUCAUGACUAUUGUUGUAAUUCUGUGGUUUCCUAACAAUCCUGCUGAUGUGAAAUUCUUUUCAGUGGAAGAAAGAGUAUGGAUUAUCAGGAGAGUUCAAGCAUCCACAGGCUCUUCCAUUGAACAAAAAGUUUUCAAGAAGAGUCAAUUUAGAGAGGCAAUGAAAGAUUAUAUAACUUGGUUAUUUGGAUUAUUUUUUCUUCUUCAACAGUUAGCCAACAAUUUGCCUUAUCAGCAGAAUCUGUUAUUUGAAGGAAUGGGUGGAGUUGAUGCCUUAGGAUCGACGUUGGUGUCAGUUGCCGGUGCUGGUUUCGCCGUUGUUUGUGCCUUCAUCGCUACAUUGAUGCUAGCGAGAUGGAAAAAUAUUUCAGCUUUAACUGCCAUUUUUUGGACCUUGCCGGCACUGGUGGGAUCCAUUGCUGCUGCUGCUUUACCAUGGCAUAACAAGAUUGGUAUCUUAGCAAAUAUCUGUAUGGCAGGUCAAAUAUUCGGAAUUCCCUUUAUAAUAGCUCUUAGCUGGGCAAGUUCAAGCGCAUCCGGGUACACCAAAAAACUAACAAGAAGUUCGGUGUCGCUAUUUGCGAUGGGGAUUGCUAAUAUCAUCUCACCUCAAAUAUGGAGAGAGAAGGACUCUCCCCGCUUUUUACCUGCUUGGAUUGUUCAAAUCGUUCUAUCAUUCACUCUUGCGCCAGCCAUUCUGUUACUGAUCCAUUUUAUACUAAAGAGAAGAAAUAAUGAAAGACUAAAAAAUUACGAUGAAAAUUUGCAAAACUAUAUGGACAGAAUCCAACUCAUUGAAAGUGAAAAUCCUUCUUCCGUUGAAGAAGGAAAAGCGAUAACCCAUGAGAAUAAUUUGGCAGUGUAUGAUCUGACUGAUUUAGAAAACGAAACCUUUAUAUAUCCUUUGUAA